CAAUCGAUGCAAGAAGCGGGGGAAAACCAGUUUCCUGGAACCAGUUUCCUUGAGAGGGGUUGGACUUUCUACCACUCUGGAGUUGCUCCCACUGAGAGGCGCCAAGCAGGGGUGGGCAUACUAGCUGCCCCCCAUCUUGGAGCCUGUAUGUUGGGGUUUACCCUAGUGAAUGAGAGAGUAGCCUCCCUCCGCCUAUGUGUGGGGGGACGGGUUCUGACUGUGGUCUGUGCUCAUGCACCAAACUACACUUCAGACUACCCACCCUUUUUGGAGACCUUGGAGGAGGUGCUGGAGAGCGCUCCUUCCGGUGACUCCCUCGUUCUGCUGGGGGACUUUAACGCUCACGUGGGCAACGACAGUGAGACCUGGAGAGGUGUGGUUGGGAGGAACCCCCGAUCUGAAUUCGAGUGGUGUUUUGUUAUUGGACUUCUGUGCCAGUCAUGGAUUGUCCAUAAUGAACACCAUGUUCAGACAUAAAGGUGUCCAUAUAUGCUCUUGGCACCAGGAUACCUUAGGCCGCAGCUCGAUGAUCGACUCUGUUGUUGUUUCAUCUGACCUGUGGCCGCAUGUCUUGGACACUCGGGUGAAGAGAGGGGCGGAGCUGUCAACUGACCACUACCUGGUGGUGAGUUGGCUCAGAUGGUAGGGAAGGAUGCCGGUCAGACCAGGCAAGCCCAAACGUAUCGCGAGGGUCUGCUGGGAACAUCUGGCAGAGUCUCCUGCCAGAAGGAGCUUCAAUUCCCACCUCCGACAGAACUUCCAAAAUAUUCCGGGGGAGGCGGGGGACAUUGAGUCUGAAUGGACACUGUUCCGUGCCUCCAUUGUUGAGGCGGCCGACUGGAGCUGUGGUCGCAGGAUCUUAGGUGCCUGUCGUGGUGGCAACCCCCGAAUCCGCUGGUGGACACGGCGGUUAGGGAUGCAGUCAAGCUGAAGAAAGAGUCCUAUCAGGUGUUUUUGGCCUGUGGGACUCCAGAGGCAGCUGACAGGUACCGGCAGUCCGUGCGGAACGCGGCUCCGGUGGUCGCCAAGGCAAAAACCCAGGCAUGGGAGGAGUUCGGUGAGACCAUGGAGCAAGACUUCCGUACGGCUUCGGGGAGAUUCUGGUUCACCAUCCGGCGCCUCGGGGGGGAAGCAGUGCGCUACCAACACUAUCUAUAGUCGGGACGGUGUGCUGCUGACCUCUACUCAGGACGUUGUGGAUUAGUGGACAGAAUACUUCGAAGACCUCCUCAAUCCCACCGACACCUCUUUCAGUGAGGAAGCAGAGUCUGGGGACUUUGGGUUGGCCUCUCAAAUCUCUGGUGCUGAGGUCACUGAGGUGGUUAAAAGCUCCUCUGUGGCAUGACUCCAGGGGUGGAUGAGACCCGCCCGGAGUUCCUUAAGGCUCUGGAUGUUGUGAGGCUGUGUUGGCUGACACGGCUCUGCAAUAUCGCGUGGACAUCGGGGGCAGUCCCACUGGACUAGCAGAGCGGUUUGGUGGUCCCCUUAUUUAAAAAGGGGGACCGCAGGGUGUGUUCCAAUUACAGGGGGAUCACACUCCUGAGCCUUCCUGGUAAGGUCUAUUCAGGGGUUCUGGAGAGGAGGGUCCGUCGGAUUGUUGAACCUCAGAUUCAGGAGGAGCAAUGUGGUUUUCGUCCUGGCCGUGGAACACUGGACCAGCUCUAUACCCUUAGGGGGAUCCUGGAGGGUAAGUGGGAAUUUGCCCAAACAGUCUACAUGUGUUUUGUGGUUUUGGAGAACACGUUUGACCGCGUCCCUCAGGGGGCCCUGUGGGGGGGGUUGUUAGGUCAGACAUGGUCUGUUAGGUCCCUGUAUGACCGGUGUCAGAGCUUGGUCCGCAUUGCCGGCAGUAAGUCGGGCUCGUUCCCAGCAAGAGUUGGACUCCGCCAAGGCUGCCUUUUGUCACGUUUCUGUUCAUAACCUUACGGACAGGGUUUCUAGGCACAGCCAAGGUGUGGAGGGCAUCCGUUUGGUGGCCUGAGGAUCAGGUCUCUGCUUUUUGCAGAUGAUGUGGUCCUGUUGGCUUCAUCAGAACGUGAUCUUCAGCUUUCGCUGGAGCGGUUCGCAGCCGAGUGUGAAGCAGCUGGGAUGAGAAUCAGCUCCUCUAAAUCUGAGACUGUUGGGUAAUUUGAUUAUUCAAUCCAGGAUCACCUCAAAGAAAGUCCAACACACACAAGGGGGUUAGAUAUCAGGUUAUAGAUUAUCAAGACCAAUUACCAAUAAUCAAUCACCAUUAAACAACAAUCAGACUUUGCAAAAUCGGAGAGAAAGAAGGGCACACACCAGUCAAAUGUCUGUUCUGUCUCUCGACAAGCAAACACUGGCAAAAAGGUUAUAUUGAAGAUACAUAGCGCACACACAAUUGAAAGGUAAACAUUCCCACCUCCUUCACAGACUCCCAGACAGAGAAAAACAUUCCCAGGUGCUUGGUAUAACAGAGAAAGCUUCGUCUGGGCUUCACUAGGGAGCUUUGUGAUAGCAGGUCCUUCAGACCUGCAAAGCAAGGUCGUACCUCCCUGCCGGAGCUACAAAUUACUAACAAAAUAUAAUGAGGAUGGAAUGAACCUUCGUUUGAUUUAAAAACACCAGAUGGUACCCAGACAAAAUCAUUUCCAUAAAUCCAAUAAUGUUUUUACCUAACAUUUCCCCCCUGUUCAAACGAAGUUCAUUCUAACUAACUGGAAGAAUAAAAACAACAACAACUAUUCUAUGAUUAUGGUUAAUAUGGUCACAGCUGCAAAGAAUCAACCUCUAACACACAGAAGACCACAAAAGAAGUAGUGACCUUCAUAACUGGCUGUAAAAAUAAGUAACAACCUUUAACAAAAUAGAGCUGCUCCAAUAGUUGGUAACCUGUAAUAAAAAUGGAUGAUUAUAGCAAUCAAACUCAAGGAUUAUACCCAAAAAAUCAAAAGAUAACGAUUAUACUGAUUAAGUAAAAAUAUAAAACAUCAUUAAAUAAACUGAGCUGAUUACCAGGACAUCAAUCAACAACGGUUACAGAAACUGCAGUUUACAUUGUUGAAAUCAUAAUGAAACCAGCUUUAUUAGGCCGCAUCCUCAUCUUCUUCCAGGCCCUCCCUAUGUUGCAGGAGCGUGUACUGAACUAAGGCAUCUGUUAUUAGCUUGUCAACCAAUCUCUACAAACAUGGCUUAAACAUAUAUUAAAACUAAGCUGAUCAUGACCAGGACAAAGAUAACAGGAACAAACAUUUUCACACAAGAACCGGUACCAAUUUCUUUUUGACAGCCACUCUAUUAGACCUGGGAGGUGUCAGGGGGUUACGCAGCUCUAAUUGUGGCAGAGCUGAGGUUCACAGGGCUUAGCAGUCUGGACUAUUUGGGACUGUAGUGGGGGCAAAGCAAUGUGGGUCAUGUCGGGAUGGUGUUGCACUUUCGUCGUUGGAGUGGAGAAAGAUGAUGCAGGUGAAUCCUGGUGGGGUACUUUGGGGCCGUCGAUGUGACGGGCUCAGUUUUUGUUGGUGGAGAAGGGGCAGAAGGUCAUAACAGACCCAGACUCUCUUUCUUUCUGUUCUGUUCUGGGGACGACUGUGGAACCGCUGGAGGAGAUAAUGCAAAGAAGGAUUCUCCAGAGAAUCAAGAACAUGAUGGACAACCCUGAGCGUUCUCUUCACAAGACUGUCCGACAACGGAAGAGUGUCUUCAGUCAGAGGCUUCUUCAGUUUCGCUGCAACACUGACCGCUACUGGAGAUCCUUCCUGCCAACAGCCAUUGUGGAGGAGGAGAAUGUUGCAGAGGAUGCUCACAUCAACGACAGUUGUGCUUCCAUCAGUCAGCCACCCCUGAAGAGACCAAGGACCUCGUGUGCUUUGGUGGACUUGCUUGGAGCUACAUUUCCCUCUACUAGUAGCGACAAUACUGAACCAAAAUCAGAAAAUGAGCUUGCAGCAGGUGAGAUCAAGAAAUAUAGAGGUGAGGCCCCUUUGCCUCUCACAGAAAAUCCUCUCAGUUGGUGGAAGAACCAUGAACAAGACUACCCUCAGCUCUCCAAAAUAGCAAAGAGUUUGCCAUGCAUGCCUGGCGCAAGUGUCUCUGCAGAGAGAGUUUUCUCCUCUACUUGUAUUAAUGUGGCCAGAAGAGUACAUUUAUUUUGUUCAGGUUGCACAUAUUCUUCCACUGGUCAAAAUUGCAGUGCUGUACUUUAUUUUAAUGGCACUUUAUCUUGACAGUUUACUGUAAGAAGUUUUCAAGCACUUUAUUUUUUGUUUAGUGUAUUUUCAGGUAACAUAAACAGUGCUGUUUGGAUGUUGCAAAGUUGGAUAUGUAAGAGAAUCAAAAAUACUAAAUGUGAAAUUGUUAACAUAUUUUUUUCAUGUUACAAAUACUUGACAUUUCACUGAUAUGUGUUUGAGGGAAUACCUUAUUAAUUUAUUUUUUAUAUGACCUCUUUGGAUAAGGCAGAGAUUAAUUUCUCUAUUCAUUAGCUGUUUCCUCCAUUGAAAUGCAGAUCCCUCAAUUUUGCUUUAAAUACCUCAUGUUAAGCAUGCUAAGUAUUAGUUGGACUGUUAAUGGAAUUUUCUUAUAAUAAAUUCAGUCUUAAAUAUCAGCAAUAUCGUCUGGCGUUAAGUAUCGCAAUAUAUCGUAUCGUCUCCCCUGUAUCGUGAUACGUAUCAUAUCGCCAGACUUUUUACCAAUACACAU